AUGGGUGCUCCCGCUGGAAUUCAGACUUCGAGACGGAAUCAGACGGGAUAUCUGCCAAUUGAGAAUUAUGGCUUGAUUGGUAAUAUGCGGACUUGUGCUCUUGUUGGUAUUGAUGGUAGUGUAGAUUUUAUGUGUUGGCCCGAUUUCGAUUCCCCAUCCGUCUUUUGUAGACUUCUCGAUAAAGACAAGGGUGGUUAUUUUACCAUUUCUCCUCCUUCCGACAAGCAGUACACUACGAAGCAGCAAUAUCUCCCCUCGUCCAAUAUCCUACAAACACGGUAUAUUCAUGAAGAAGGUGUGGUUGACUUGAUCGAUUUCUUCCCUCGUCCAAGGAACAGCUUUAUCGUCACAAAGACUUCAAAGCAGAUGCCUUUUCGCGAGGGUAUUAGUGUACAAGAUGAAUUGAAGAAAUGGUUGGUCAGACGUGUUGAGUGCAUUCGUGGGAAGGUUGAUCUGGAUGUCGAGAUCUUCCCUGCCUUCAACUAUGCCAUGGACGAGCACACUACUGAGAUUCUCCUGCCCGACCACCCUCCUGGAUGCCUAGAGAGCAAAACUGUCACUUUCUCCAGCAAGAAUCUCAAACUUCAAGUUGAUGUCACAAUCGACCAUGGUGAAGAAAAUGCCGAAGCUUGUCCAACCGUGAUAUUCCGCAAAGAAACACGCCCAGGAAUGCUUGGAGCAGGUAUUGUUGCACAUAUCCAUCUUGAGGAAGGUCAAGCUAUCUCAUUUGUUCUCCGCGACGACAUCCCCAAUCACGUUACCCGUGACGUGACUACUGAAGUACUUGACCGUCAACAACAUGAUACUCAAACAUUCUGGUUCAACUGGAUCUCCAAGAGUACUUACAAAGGCCGCUGGCGUGAAGUGGUCUCGAGGAGUCUGCUCAUUCUGAAGCUUCUCACAUACGAGCCAACUGGUGCCAUCAUCGCUGCUCCCACCUUUUCUAUCCCCGAGGACAUUGGAGGUGUCAGAAACUGGGAUUAUCGCUUUUGCUGGGUUCGAGACUCAAGUUUCACAAUCUAUAUUCUUCUUCGAAUGGGUUUUACAGCAGAGGCGGACGCUUACAUGGAGUUCAUAAGCGAAAGAUUCAGAAAGUCAAGAUCUGUGGAAGGGGCAUUGCCAAUCAUGUUUACCAUUCGUGGUGAUACCGAAAUUCCAGAAAUCGAGCUCAAGCAUCUUUCGGGGUACCGAGACAGUGAGCCUGUUCGUAUUGGUAAUGGAGCUGCAUUCCAUCUUCAGUUCGACAUAUAUGGUGAACUCAUGGACGGAAUAUACCUUUACAACAAGUAUGGCAAGCCAAUCACAUGGGAACAAUGGGUUGCCAUUCGUGAGAUUUUAGACUACGUCUUAACUAUCUGGAAGGAACCGGAUAUGUCCAUUUGGGAAGUUCGAAGUCGAAAGCAGAAUUAUACUUACUCGAAAGUCAUGCUUUGGGUCGCAUUUGAUCGAGGUCUUCGGUUGGCUGAGAAGAGAUGUCUGCCCUGCCCGAACAGGAAUGCCUGGAUGGCCGCUCGUGAUGAGAUCUAUGAGGAGAUUAUGACCAAGGGUUACAGCCCAAAUAUUCGAUGCUUUGUACAAAGCUACGAAAGUGGUGAUUACCUCGAUUCCUCGAUUCUCAUCGCACCACUAGUUUUCUUCAUCACACCCAAUGAUCCUAGAUUCCUCCGAACUAUGGAUAGAAUUCUUCUCUCCCCCGAGAAAGGUGGACUUACAUCAACUGGCUUGGUAUAUCGAUAUGAUACAGAACGCGUUGAAGAUGGUGUCGGUGGUCGUGAAGGUGCCUUCAGCAUGUGUACAUUCUGGCUUGUCGAGGCAAUGACUCGUGCUGGCGUCUAUGAACCUAAAUACCUACCCCGAGCAGUCAAUGUCUUCGAAAACAUGCUUAGCUUCAGCAAUCAUCUUGGCAUGUUCUCAGAGGAGAUAUCUCGGUCUGGUGAACAAUUGGGCAACACUCCGCAGGCUUUCAGUCAUCUAGCUCUUAUCAGUGCUGCUUUCAAUCUGAAUAGGGCAACGGAUUUCAAGCGGUGA